AUUCAUGGCGCGGUAACACUUCCUGGUCUUCUGCAAUCCUUCUCGUUUUUCGCCUCUCCCAAUAAUUAGAGGUUUCGCUCAGCGCUUUUGAGUUCUCAUAACAUUUUUGAUUUUUUUUUGGCCAUAUCCAUCCAUACCUAUUUACUCUAGCAUUAUUUAUAAUAUUGUUGAAUAAGGAAUUUAAAAUCGAUAUAGGUAAAAAAAAUUUAAAAAGGGGGGAAAGCUUUUAGUUUCAUGUUUUUACAUUUUAAGGUCUUUUUUGACGCCGAAUCCGAAUUUGACAAGCGUUUUCCUUAAUUCGUUACCGAUUCAACAUAACGGUAAUUUAGCACAGCCCAGCUGCUGUCCGUCAAGUGACGUCAUUGUGAUGUUUCAUUUCAUUGAAAUCGUCUUAGUCAACGAAGUCAACAAAAUUAUUUCAAUUCAAAUUCAAAACAAAUUAUUUUUCAAAAUUUUUGGGUGUCACCGCAAACGAAAUGAUUUUUCAUUGAAAUUCAAAGAAAAAGCCCCUGAGGCCCUGAAUAUUUGUAUUAUAAGAUGGCAGUCACGAAACUAUAUUAUUCAUUGAUCAUUUGUUCCAUAUUCAGUACAAGUUUCGCUUUGGAAUGUUACGUAUGUACUAAUCAGCAAGACAAUCACGAAAAGUGUUUGAACACAAUCAAAACUUGCGAACAAGGCGAAGAAAUGUGUUUGUCGGAAAUCAAAUGGGGAUCACCUCCGUAUUGGUCUCGUGGAAGCGAAAAACAGUAUUACGUUUCGAAGAGAUGCGCCACUCGAGAUAAUUGCACUAGAAUAAUAUCUAAAGCGAUGUCAACAUGUAAUUAUAUUUGGUACCUCGAUUGGAAAUGUGCCGAAUGUUGUGCAGGAGAUAGGUGUAAUUAUUACGUAACGCUGACCGGAAGUUCGAUUCGAUUCAACGUUUUUGUUACCAGUAUCUGCGCAUCAGUGGGACUUUUAAUCAGCAAUUUUUUAUUCUGAUUAAAUAAUUGUGUUCAGUUCUCCUAUCAAUGUAAUAUUUUUUCGAGAAUCUCUAAUUACGUGGGUCUUCGACUUGCACGAUAUAAUAUUCAGUAUUAUAUUUUCGUAAGCUAUGAGCCAUCCGUCCAUUUUGACAUGUUGAUGUUUUACUUGCAUUACCUACCUACGUUAUUAUUGUUAUUCCUUUUACGAUUACGAUUCUUCAAGACUUUGAUGAAAUGUGAUAUUGUGAAUCAUCCGUCCGUGUUUUUCAAUCAAUUUUUAUACUUAUAUGUAUUUUUUUUUUUUUUUUACUUAAUUUAAUGGUAUUCAGUUUUUAUUUUUUUAUACUUCACAGUAUUGUAAUUUUUAUUUAUUUAUUCCAAUUCCAAAUGUUGACUUUCACACUCAGAAGUGUUACUCGAUUUAUGGUGAUGUAAAAAAUUUGUUUAAAAUAGUUGGUAAGAUUGUAUCCAAAUUUUAAAAAAAUAUAUUGUGAUGUUUUUAUA